CUCACUUCUCCCUCCCAAGGGCUCUGCAGGAAGGACCCGAAGCUCUGCUUGGGCUCACAUCCCUGCCUCCUCUCCGCAGCGUAGCAAUGCCAGCGCCAACACCCCAUAGCAGCCCCACCUCUCACUGCACACGGGGGGCUGGUGUCACCCAUGGGCACCACUGAAGGAGCCCCCGGAGCCAUGCUGCCUGCCUGACUGCUGCCGGGUUUCGGGCCGCGCACUCUGCCCCAGCACGGCUUCGGCGAUGAGCGGGGCUUCUUUUUGCAUGGAGCGUCUCUCUUUCUGCCUCCUCCUGAGUGCCUGGAGCUGGGGUUGGGCGCCCGGGGAUGCCGCCAAGCCCAAGGGCCAGGGCUACCCGCACAUGAACUCCAUCCGCAUCGACGGGGACAUCACUCUCGGGGGGCUCUUCCCCGUGCACGGCCGGGGCGCUGAGGGCAAAGCCUGCGGAGAGCUGAAGAAGGAGAAGGGCAUCCAUCGCCUGGAGGCCAUGCUCUUUGCCCUGGACCGCAUCAACAACGACCCCGACCUGCUCCCCAACAUCACCCUGGGUGCCCGCAUCCUGGACACGUGCUCGCGGGACACGCACGCCCUGGAGCAGUCGCUGACCUUCGUGCAAGCCCUGAUUGAGAAGGACAGCACCGAGGUGCGCUGCGUCAAUGGUGGGCCCCCCAUCAUCACCAAACCUGAGCGGGUGGUCGGCGUCAUCGGCGCCUCGGGCAGCUCUGUCUCCAUCAUGGUGGCCAACAUCCUGCGGCUCUUCAAGAUCCCCCAGAUCAGCUACGCCUCCACUGCGCCAGACCUGAGUGACAACAGCCGCUACGACUUCUUCUCCCGCGUCGUCCCAUCCGACACCUACCAGGCGCAAGCCAUGGUGGACAUUGUCAAAGCCCUCAAGUGGAACUACGUCUCCACCCUGGCCUCCGAGGGCAGCUAUGGGGAAAGUGGUGUGGAGGCCUUCAUCCAGAAAUCCAGGGAGGAUGGUGAGCAGCUUUCUCCUGGGAUGGGGACUUGGAGCAGAAAAAGCAAUUGGAUAAUUUGCAGCUUGUAUGGGAGAGGGAGGGAUGUGUCUGGCUGGGCAGCCUGACCUGAAGCGUGGUUGCAGUGCAUGAGCAGAGAUGGAUGUCAGUUCAGGGGAUGAGCUGGGGGCUUUGGGGCUGCUAUGGUUGCUGAGCUGUAAGGACAUUAUGGGGGCGAUGUCUUCAGCUGGCCGUGUCCUGGCUGUGCGUCCCAGGGUGAUGUGCUGCCAGCUCCCCAGUGCCGGUGGUACGGAUGGGAGCAGCCGUCUGUCUGCAGGGCAGGGUGGCUGCUGCCAGCUCCUUUCAGAAAGCAUCCUGAAAUCCCAUUCCCUGAACAUCAGGAGACCUCAAAUCUGCUGGGUCGUUGGCUGCCAAGUAAGUGCAAACCGAUCCAACCCCCUCCCUCUGCACGGAGCUGGGCGCCUUCCAGAAGAAAAGACUUUUACAAAUAGUCUCAGGUUUUAACAGAAAAUAAAGUUGGCACUGGUGCACACUUCACCCAAUU